UGGUGGGCUUUAAAUGCUUUGCCCGCGGUUUCCUUCCCUCUGGCGGGAGGGAAUACCUUUCCAUUCAGUAGUGUAAACAUUGGCCUGGUUCCUGUGUCUUGCCAACAAACUUUCAGUGCUGCAUGCCUGUAAUCCCAUCGACUCAGGAGGCUGAUACAGGAGGAUUGCAAUUUCGAGGCCAGCUUCAGCAAUUUAAUGAGACCCUGUCUCAAAAACAAGAUAGAGAAACGACUGGGUUAUUCUGUUCCUUUUUUCUCCUUCCUGUUGGUCCACACGUGGCUGUCAGCCCACAGAGACAUGGCCACCAACGCAGGCCCCUUGCACCCAUAUUGGCCUCGGCACCUGAGGCUGGACAACUUUGUGCCUAAUGACCUCCCCACCUGGCAUAUCCUGGCUGGCCUAUUCUCCAUCUCUGGGGUCAUAGUUGUGACCACAUGGCUGUUGUCAGGUCGUGCUGCAGUUGUCCCACUGGGGACUUGGCGGCGACUGUCCUUGUGCUGGUUUGCAGUGUGUGCAUUCAUUCAUCUGGUGAUUGAGGGCUGGUUCGUUCUCUACCACGAGGUCCUUCUUGGAGAUCAAGUCUUCUUGUCUCAACUCUGGAAAGAGUAUUCCAAGGGAGACAGCCGAUACAUCAUUAAUGACAACUUCACUAUCUGUAUGGAAACCAUCACAGCUUGCCUGUGGGGACCACUCAGCCUAUGGGUGGUGAUUGCCUUUCUCCGCCAGCAACCCCUCCGCUUUGUUCUACAGUUCUUGGUCUCUGUGGGCCAGCUCUACGGAGAUGUACUAUACUUCCUGACAGAGUACCGUGAUGGAUUUCAGCAUGGGGAAUUUGGCCACCCACUCUAUUUCUGGUUUUACUUCGUCUUCAUGAAUGCCCUGUGGCUAGUGCUACCUGCAAUCUUCGUGCUGGAUUCCGUGAAGCAGCUCACUCGUGCCCAGAGGACACUGGACAGCAAAGGCACAAAAGCCAAGAGCAAGCAGAACUAACAAGCAGUGGACUAGCCUGGAACACUGACUGAUGAUGUGUUCCUUCCAGAGGAGUCCAAUCCUGCUCCCACAGGUUGGAGGGGCCAAAGCUUAUUGAUUUGUGACACUCAGACUGAUGGGUGGCCACAAAAAGGGUCAGAUAUGAGAAAGAUAGGGAUUGUAUAGCACUACUGCCAGGAGCCAUUGGGAACAAGACAUAAGGCAAGGAACAAGACAUAAGCCAUGAUGGUGGCAAUUUUUAAAAUCAGAAAAUAAAAUAUCAUAACUUGAA